AUGGCCCAGCCCCACAGAAACCAGUCCGCAUGCGGAAUAGGUGAGGGGAACAAAAUGGAAGCUGCUGUGUUUCAUCUUCUGGAGUUCUCUCCCUCUCACAAGGUGCAGACCGUGCAUGCUGUCUUACUUCUAGUAGUUUACCUGGCAGCUCUCAUGGGGAACCUCCUGAUCUUCAUGCUCACCGUGCUGGAUGCCCGCCUACAAACCCCAAUGUAUUUCUUUUUAAGAAACCUGUCUUUCUUAGAUUUUUGCUACAUUUCCACUACAGUCCCCAAAUCUAUUGUCAACUCUUUCACCCAUGACAGCUCCAUCUCUGUGUCUGGGUGUGCCCUGCAAGUCUUCUUUAUCAUUGACCUGGGAUUCACGGAGAUGGCCAUCCUCACCUCGAUGGCCUGUGACCGCUACGUGGCCAUCUGCCAGCCCUUGCACUAUGCGGCCAUCAUGGAACACGGCGCCUGCGUCAAGAUGGUGGCCUUGUCCUGGCUCAGUGGCGUGGUCUCUGGACUCACGCAUGUUGCAGCCAUGUUCUCCUUACCGUUCUGUGGGUCAAACCAAGUCCAUCAGUUUUUCUGUGACGUUCCACAGCUCCUGAGCCUCUUAGACUCCAAAGUAAUCAUCAAUGAGAUUAGAGUCAUAGUUUUUAUUACGUGUCUUGUGAUUAUCUGCUUUGCAUUGAUCACUCUCUCCUAUGUGUACAUUUUCUCUACCAUCAUGAGGAUUCCAUCCAAGGAGGCGAGAUCCAAAACGUUUUCCACCUGCAUCCCCCAUCUUGUGGUGGUAAUGCUCUUCCUGACAUCUGGAAGUGUUGCCUACGUGAAGCCAGUUUCGAGUUCUCCCUCCUUUGUGGACCUUCUCCUGCCUGUGUUCUACACAAUUGUACCCCCCACCCUGAACCCCAUCAUCUACAGUCUGAGAAAUAGGGACAUAAAGGUGGCCCUGGGAAGGCAGUGUGUAAGGGAGACCGAUUAG